CCAUUGCAGUAGUACUAAUAUUACCAAUGGCUAAUUCCUUUUCAUUGGUUUCCAUAACCAGCCAUGCCAUGAUCCUUCUACUACUAAUCCACUUCUCUUCUCUCUUCAACAAUCUCUCCGCCAAACACAACAACAACAACCACCACAGCCACAACCACCAUGCCUCCGCUCGCAGCCACCGCCCCGCCGACUCAAACCCAAGGCUGCACCAAGCCUUCAUUGCCCUCCAAGCAUGGAAGGCCGCAAUCCAAUCGGACCCAAACAACUUCACCACCAACUGGGUCGGCCCCUCGGUCUGCAACUACACCGGCGUCUAUUGCGCCCCCUCCAUCCACGACAACAAAACCCAAGUAGUCGCGGGCAUCGACCUCAACCACGCUGACAUCGCCGGCUCCCUCCCCGACGAAUUAGGCCUCCUCUCCGAUCUCGCCCUCAUCCACCUCAACAGCAACCGCUUCUGCGGCGUACUUCCGUCAACUCUCUCCAAUCUUUCACUUCUCUACGAGCUCGACAUCAGCAACAACCGCUUUGUUGGUCCUUUCCCCGCCAUUGUGAUCUCUCUCCCGAUGCUAAACUUCCUAGACAUCCGCUUCAACGACUUCGAAGGCUCCGUCCCACCGCAACUCUUCGCGAAAAAACUCGACGCCGUCUUCCUCAACAACAACCGCUUCACAAGCUUCAGCAUUCCUUCGUUCAUAUCAGGCUCCUCCGCAACAGUCUUGGUUUUCGCAAACAACAACUACGGAGGCUGUCUCCCACCGAGCAUCGUCAACUUCGCGAACACUCUAGAAGAACUGGUGCUAAUCAACACCAACUUAUCGGGAUGUUUGCCGGAGGAAGUUGGUUUUCUCUACAAGCUCAAAGUGUUCGACGUGAGUUAUAAUAAAAUUGUCGGUCCGAUUCCGUACAGCAUGGCGGGGCUUUACCAUCUGGAGCAGCUCAACUUGGGGCACAACAUGAUGACAGGAGAAGUCCCCGAUGGAAUCUGCAUGUUGCCGAAUUUGUUGAACUUAACCGUCUCCUACAACUUCUUCUGCGAGGAAGACGGGGUUUGUAGAAACUUGACGUCGAAGAAGGGGGUGAAGUUCGACGACCGGCGCAACUGUCUGCCGGAGAGGCGGCUGCAGAGGAGCGAGAAGGAGUGCAAGGCGGCGCUAGACCGCCCUGUCGAGUGCAUCCUUGGCGGUGCGGCUGUGGCGGCGGCAGCAGUGGCUCGGGCAGUGGCUCUACCAAAUUCGCCUUCACUUGCGCCAACCCCUACGUGAUAUAGAAGUCUGCAUGAGAUAUGUUGGGCUUGUGUUAAUAAUUUGGAAAAUGAAAAACAAUAAGGUCCAUAGUUUUUUGUUUUUUGGUUUUGCAAAGUAUAAGUGGGUGUUUGUGAUGGAUUACCUUUGCUGUGUAUAAAGAUUGUUGGAUAAAAAUGUUGUGUGUGAUUUUCUUUUGAGGAACUGAUUUCUAAAGCUACUGUUUUGACGUACAUGGUAUUAAAAA